GGAGUCCCCACGAGUUAGUUCUCUGCUGAAGCGAGUUUUUUCUCUCUCACACAUACUGCAGGUUUUCUUUACACUCUCAAAAACAACAAUAACGCUUCGCAGGUUUCUGUCCCGAGUAGUGCAUUUCUCCAACAUGGGUAAAAGAAGCAGGAACAGACAAAGCAACAAAGAUGGACGACCGGAAGGAAAGAGGAGUAGAGAUGAUGCUGGUUGGGGCGCAGGCUACUCUGAAAUCAUCAAGGAGAACAAGCUGUUUGAGCAGUACUACCGUGAGCUGAAGAUCAUCCCCGAAGGAGAGUUUGAGGAGUUUAUGGCGGCUAUGAGAGAACCACUGCCUGCCACCAUCCGCAUCACCGGCUACAAAAGUCACGCCAGAGAGAUCCUACAUACCCUGAAAGAGAAAUACUUCAAAGAAAUACAGGACCUGGAGAUCGAUGGACAGAAGAUUGAAGCACCUCAGGCUCUAAGCUGGUACCCGGAUGAACUGGCUUGGCACACGAACAUGAGCAGGAAGAUUUUGCGCAAGUCUCCACUUCUGGAGAAGUUCCAUCAGUUUUUAGUGAACGAGACGGAGUCUGGAAACAUCAGCCGACAGGAGGCGGUCAGUAUGAUUCCUCCUCUGCUGCUGAAAAUCGAACCUCACCACAAGAUUUUAGAUAUGUGUGCUGCUCCAGGAUCGAAGACUGCUCAGCUUAUAGAGAUGCUCCAUUCUGAUAUGGAUGUGCCCUUUCCUGAGGGCUUUGUAAUAGCUAACGAUGUGGAUAAUAAGCGAUGUUACCUGCUUGUGCACCAGGCUAAGAGGCUGAACAGUCCGUGUAUCAUGGUGGUGAACCACGAUGCCUCUUGUAUCCCACGCCUGCAAGUGGAGAGCAACGGAAAGAAGGACAUCCUGUUUUAUGACCGAGUGCUGUGCGAUGUGCCCUGCAGCGGAGACGGAACGAUGCGUAAGAAUAUAGACGUGUGGAAGAAAUGGACGACCAGCAACAGCCUCCAGCUCCAUGGCCUGCAGUUGAGGAUUGCGGUGCGUGGCGUGGAGCAGCUGGCUGUAGGUGGGCGGAUGGUUUACUCCACUUGCUCUCUGAACCCCAUCGAGGAUGAAGCAGUGAUCGCUUCCCUACUGGAGAAGAGUGAAGGUGCCCUCGAGCUGGCUGACGCCUCUGCUGACCUGCCUGGUCUAAAGUACAUGCCUGGUAUCACAUCCUGGAAGGUGAUGACCAGAGAGGGUCAGUGGUACUCUGAUUGGGCUGAAGUUCCCUCGAGUCGUCACACUCAGAUCAGACCGUCCAUGUUCCCGCCGACUGACCCUGAGAAACUGAAGAGCAUGCAGCUGGAGAGAUGUAUGAGGAUACUGCCCCAUCACCAGAACACCGGUGGCUUCUUCGUGGCUGUGCUGGUGAAGAAGGCGCCCAUGCCGUGGAACCGCCGCUAUCCAAAACUUCGGAAUAAAGAGGCCAUCAGUGACAAAAUGCAGGCUGAGGAGGGAGAAGGAGAGGCUGCUGCUGCUGCUGCUGAGGGAGAUGCCGUUCUGGAAAACACUCCAGAGAUGGAGGCCAAGAAAGAUGGAGUGUGUGGCCCCCCGCCUUCAAAGAAGAUGAAGCUCUUCGGCUUCAAAGAAGAUCCCUUUGUGUUUCUGACAGAAGACGACCCAGUCUUCCUUCCCAUCCAAACGUUCUACAACCUCUCUCCAGACUUCCCCAAGCUGAACGUCUUGACGAGGACGCACGAAGGGAAGAAAAGGCACUUGUACAUGGUGUCCAAGGAGCUCCGCAAUGUCCUACUCAACAACAGUGAGAGAAUGAAAGUGAUCAACACUGGAGUGAAAGUGUGGUCGAGGAAUAAUGAUGGAGAACAGUUUGGUUGUGCCUUCAGACUGGCCCAGGAGGGUAUCUACACUCUGUGUCCCUACAUCAGGGCGCGUGUCAUCACCAUUAGCAUGGAGGACGUAAAGGUUCUUUUAACCGAGGAGAAUCCUUUCCUCAGCAGGCUGGGUGAUGAUGCUCACAGCCAGGCCAAGAAACUCGAAAUGGGAAGCAUCGUUCUAAGAUACCAACCAGAUCCAAACGAUCCCAGCGCUCCUCAGUGCCCCAUAGAUCUGUGUGGUUGGAGAGGAAAGACCUCCAUCAGGGCGUUCGUGGCCCGGAACGAGCGCUUCCACUACCUGCGCAUGGUGGGUGUGGAGGUCUUCUGUAACAAGCAGGGCAAGAAGGAAGGAGGUGCAGCAGAAGCGAGAGAAGGAGCUGCUACGGAGGAGGCAGAAACGGGACAAGAGGACCGGGGGAUACAGGAAGAGAAAUCGGAUGUGGAGCAGAACGGAUCCUCAGAAUCCAAAAAUAAUGGCGCGGAGGACGUGAGCAGCACUCGAGACUGAAUUCUUCAACCAAAAGUGGAAGAACUGACGGGGUGGAGACGCAUCACCCCUUUUCUUGUAGAAGAAGCGUGCAUCAGGCCAUAAUUUCAUGAUAAUUUGUAGAAUUAAGAUAAACCUUGAUUCUAUUUUCUUUGUAAGUGUUUAAUGGAUUUUUAAAAAAUUUUUUUUUUUAGUUUGCGUAUUUAAUUGGACUGUUGGUUUAUUUAUUUAUCUUUUUCCCUUCUAAUGGUUAAAUGUCAAACAAUGAGCCAACAUAGUGCUAAAUCACGCCUGUGACCCAGUGUUUUAUUUCUUUUUGAAAGUACCCAGAAUGCAUUUCUUUUAACACCUAUGUAAGAAUGUAAAUAUAAGUUUUAUUAAAACCUUUAAUUGCCCGUGUUUGUCAGUAUCGUACCUGCAGCCCAAUCCUGAUAUUUCCGACAUGUGUUUUUCUUUUUAAAUCAGUCUUUCCGGUGUGGUUCAGACAUGGCGCUUGCUGCUUGCUUUAUUUGGCUGGCGUUUAGCUUGGCAUGGUGGUCCCUCCGCAGCACUGUGACCAUAGUAACAAACUCCUCAGUGUGCCAAUCUAUUCUGUGUUCAACAAGCCAAAUCACAGCAGCAGAGAGCGGGACAAAGACGAGAGACCAGGAGCCCCACGUGCGCUCUGUGUCGGGUCAUGAAGGGGUCCUGUAGCUCCGUCAACAUCAUAUGUAGUUUUACUGAAGAAAGUGUGAUCAUUACGGGAUGGAUUUUAUUUAUUCGGAUCACAAAAUAAUGCCGGUCGGUUGUGGUAAAGAGAGAGCUGAGCCAAAAGGCAAAGCUCUCAAUUUACUGGUCCAUCUAUGUUCCGACUCUCACCGAUGGUCACGAGCUGUGCGUAGUGACUGAAAGAAUGAGAUCGCGGAUACAAGCGGUAGAAACGAGUUUUCUCCGCAGGGUGGCUGGCUGGGCUUUCUCUUAGAGCCAGGGUGAGAAGCUUGGUCAUUCGGGAGAGGCUCGGAGUAGAACCGCUGCUCCUCCACAUCAAAAGGAGGUCAGUUGAGGUGGUUCGGGCACCUUGUUAGGAUGCCCCCUGGACGCCUCCCAAGGGAGGUUCUCUGGGCAUGCCCCACCAGGACGAGACCCUGAGGCAGACCCGGACACGCUGGAGAGAUUACAUCUCUCGGCUGGCCUGGGAACGCCUCGGUAUUCCCUCGGAAGAGCUGGUGGAGGUGGCCGGAGAGACGGAAGUCUGGGCUGCUCUGUUUAGGCUCCUACCUUUGCAAUCCGGAUAAGCAGUAGAAAAUGGAUGGGAUGGAUCAUUAUUAUUAUUUAUUGUUGUCUCUCUCUAAAUAGACAAACCCACACGAGUAUUUUUUUUUUCUUCCAGUGCAACAACAGUGCUAAUUAAAUCCUUUUCAUUAAAUCUCACUGCCUGUUCCUGAAAUGUCCUUCUGGUUUUCUCUCGCUGUCGUCUCUGCCCUCGCUUUCCUUCACCCUUUGUGGAGAUGAGAUGUGGGCAGAACGAUGGCAAAAACACAAUGUAUUAUUCAUCACUGAAAAGUCUCGCCCCCGUAUACACCAUGUCUAAGAGUUUGUUUCCUUUAAUAAACAUUACACACAGAUUUA